UAAUAAAAAAUCUUUCAUUUCCCCAACAAACCAUCAAAUUAAUCUCACCACCAGCAUUACUGCUACAAAUGCUUGAACCUUAGCGAUUCGCUGCUCCUUGCCUCCUACUGCCCUUGCUCUUUCUCCCCCUUCCCCUGCUCUCUCUCCCCCCUCUCUUUGACUCCCUCUCGUCUUCUUGACAGCUCGAGUAAUUGGAGAGUCCACAUAGCAAUUUAUCAGUGGAUCCUUGAGUUGCUGCUGCAGGAUCUGAUAUGACGUCCACGGCGUACUCGCGGCCGUCGAAGCUGCCUGUUGGCGGCGGCGAGCGGAGACUGCCGCCACGGCUCAUGAGAGGCCUCACAUCAAAGAUCGAGCCCAAGAAGCUCGGCGUCGGCCUCAUCGCCGGCUGCUGCCUCGCGCUCCUCACCUACGUCUCCCUCACCAAGCUCUUCGCAAUCUACUCUCCUGUAUUCGCCAGCACGGCCAACACAUCCUUCAUGAUGCAGAACUCGUCGCCGUCGUCGUCGAAGCCAUCCGUGCUGGAGACCGGGGCCAUUCCGCCGCGAGAAGCACUAGCUGGUGGCGGCAAGAACGGUAACGCCGUGGAUCGCGUCGAUCUGCCGGAGGCGGCAGGGUCCGAUGAGCCCGGCUUGCCGGAAGCUGUCACGAGAAAGGAGAUACCGAUGGCGGCGGGGUCUGAAGAGCCCGGCGUGCCGGAGGCGUUUACGAGAAACGGCGACGAGGAGAAUGCGGCGGCGGUGGCCUCGGAGCCGAAGCCAUCUGCUAAGGAGGUGGAGAAGAAGCAGAGCAAUGGAGGCGCGGCGGCGGCGGCCGAAGGCAAGAUGACGUGCGACGAGAAUGGCGUCGACGAGGGCUUCCCGUACGCGCGGCCAACCGUGUGCGAGCUGUCCGGCGACAUCCGGGUCAGCCCCAAGCAGAAGACCAUGUAUCUCGUGAACCCCUCCGGCGCCGGAAGCAUCGACGAGAGCGGUGAGAAGCGGCUCCGCCCCUACGCCCGCAAGGACGACUUCCUCCUUCCGGGCGUCGUGGAGGUCACCGUCAAGUCUGUCCCAGCGGCGGCGGUGGCACCCAAGUGCACGAAGCAGCACCGAGUCCCAACGGUGGUGUUCUCCAUCGCCGGCUACACGGACAACUUCUUCCACGACAUGACGGACGUGAUGAUUCCGCUGUUCCUGACGACGGCGCACCUCAAGGGCGAGGUCCAGCUGCUGAUCACCAACUACAAGCCGUGGUGGGUGCAGAAGUACACGCCGGUGCUGCGGAAGCUCUCCAACUACAACGUGAUCAACUUCGACGAGGACGCCGACGUGCACUGCUUCCCUCAGGGGUUCGUGGGCCUCUACCGCGACCGCGACCUCAUCCUCUCCCCGCACCUGACCCGCAACCCACGCAACUACACCAUGGUGGACUUCAACCGCUUCGUCCGCGACGCGCUGGCACUUCCGCGCGAGCGGCCCGCCGUUCUCGGGGAGGAGCCAGGUAUGAGGCCCCGGAUGCUGAUCAUCUCCCGCGCUGGCACGCGCAAGCUUCUGAACCUGGACGAAGUGACCGCGGCAGCGUCUGAGUUGGGGUUCAACGUGACGGUGGCGGAGGCGGGCGCAGAUGUGCCGGCAUUUGCAGCACUGGUGAACUCGGCGGAUGUGCUCCUGGCCGUGCACGGCGCUGGGUUGACGAACCAGAUCUUUCUCCCCACGAAAGCGGUGGUGGUGCAGAUCGUGCCGUGGGGCAAGAUGGACUGGAUGGCGACCAACUUCUACGGGCAGCCAGCGCGGGACAUGCAGCUCCGGUACCUGGAGUACUACGUGGGCGAGGAGGAGACGAGCCUCAAGGACAAGUACCCGCGGGAGCACAUGGUGUUCAAGGACCCCAUGGCCAUCCACGCGCAGGGGUGGCAGGCGCUCGCCGAGAUCGUCAUGAAGCAGGACGUCAGCGUCAACCUCACCAGGUUCCGGCCGUUCCUGCUGCAGGCGCUCGACAAGCUACAGGAGUAGGAAUUAAGCUACCAACAGGGGUAGCUCACGAAUCACGAGCGGCAGCCAAUUCACACCGGCACAUAAGAACACGCACAGACGAGCACAAAAGGUGAAGAAUUGAGUAAGCUACUACUACUACCAUUGUUGCUAGAACUAGAAAGAAAGGAAAGGAUUUUAUCCUUGAUAGAUGAAGUGAGACGGCUUCAAAUUGGUAAUUGAUUGGUUGAUCCGUUUGUCUUUUGGUUUGUAACAAUUUGGAUAGUGCACUACACUACACAUGAAAUGUUCAGUUUUUUGUCCUUUA